AUUGAUUUGUUUUGUUUUCUUUGUUUAAGUUAAUAAAAAAAAUAGUGCACACUUGUUUAAGAAAUGAAGUUUACUACGUGACCAUAGUUCUUAUUUAUUUUUAAGCAAAUGUCAAAAUGACUUCCGAGGUUGAUUUUGCAAAAACAAAUGAAUUUAUACAAAGACGAAAGUUGAGACUACAGCAGGUUCGGGAACAGUCAAAAGAUAUUGCUAAGAAAAUUCGACAGCGUGCUAAAGUAGAAACUUUGCGGCAAGUGAAAGACGUUGAUGCACACAAAAAAAAGCAGUACCUUGAAUGCCAAAAGCAGUUUGUGGACAAGUUGCAGGAAAUUUAUGCUAGAGGCUUAGAGGAUGUGGGCAACGGUCAUAAGAAUGCAUCAAAGCAACUUCAACAAGAUUUUGAGAAGAAGAUUGAUAAGUCAAAAUUAAGGGGUAAAGAAGCAGUGGCUGAAGUGAGACGACGAAAGCAAGAAAUAUUAGAUAAGAAAAAAGAGUUGUUAGAUAGAAAACUACUAGCUAGGGAAGUGGCUAAUGUAAUAAGUAGAGAAAAAUCUAAUAUUGUAGCUAAAACUCUUAUAUCAGACAAGGAGUCUAAUUUCACAGCUAAUUCAAAGGAUCCUGAGCACAAUAAUAUCCAAAACAAUGUAGUUGAACCUGUGGAGAAGGUUGAUACGGGAACACAGUUAAAUCUGAAUGAGCCAACCAAUGGUUAUCAGACAGAUAUACCAGAACUGUUGUUACCAGAGACUGAAACUAUAAGGGAACCUGUUGAUAUACCAGAGAGACUGGAAAGAACUAAGAGACCAAAUCUUUUUGCACUCAGUGACGAAAUGCCAUCCAGCUUACGAGGUGGUCCGGUAAACACUCCUGAGUUUCAUCAAAUGAAGUCAACUGUCAAUAUAGUUUCUGAACAUAUACAGAAUAGACAUCUUCGCCUCCGAGAAACAGAGGCAAAACUUAGUAAAAGGCAAGACGAGGAGUUGCAGAACAUUAAACAGACAAUAAUGCGUACCAGAGCAUCGAAACCGAAAGGUAAUCCAUCUGACAAUGUGUGUCAAGUCCUGGACAAUCAGGCCAUCUCAGUUCCAUCAUGGAGAGCGGAGCAAAAUUGUAAAUUUUGUGUCAAAUCCUCUGUAAAACCUGUUUUCCCCCCUAUAAAUAGCAGAAGAUUUAAAUCAAUCAUUAAUUCCUCCAUUAAUAAGAAUAUUACAUCUACAAGGUCGCCCAAAAUAUAUUUUCCAAUGCACAAAUUAGAACAAAAUGCAUUUGCUACUAAUGACUCCUACUCAAGGAGCUUCAAACAGCCAGUUACUGUAAUAAACAAAGAUAAAUGCUCAAGUACAAAUUCUAUAGAAACAGCACAAAAAGGUUCAGUGACAAUGUACAAUCAUAUGACCAAGGACAGCAGGACCAUGCUCAAUAAUGAUGAUAAUUUAGUAAUUCGAGAGGAAAAUUUUGAUGAUGAUGCAUUUACAAAAGCAAGAAAAGAAGACACAAAUGAUAAUGUCAAACAAAAAGAAUUCCACAACAAGAUAGCAGAAAGAAGGAAUAAAGUUGCUGUGACUAAAGAAAAUGUUGAUAAAGAAUAUAGAGAUACAUUGGCAUUUUUGAAUUCAUUACCUAAAGAUAUGUCGGAUAAACCCAUUAGAAAUGCAUUUAUGGAUGAAAAUCGACAGCAACAGUUGAAGGAUAAACGGGAACUGAAAUUAAGGGAUGAAUAUAGAAAUGCAGAGAAACAAUGCAGAGGUCAUCAUAAGUGCAGGCACAUAAAAUGUUGUCAAAGUACUUCAAAAUCGGCAAUGAAUAAAAACGAAGAUUCAAAUGAUGAUUCUCAAUACACUUGGAUACCUGUGCCGGAAAUACCAAAGGCACAAAGUAGUGAGGCAACAAACAAACAUGGCAACACUGUUAAGUUCAGUAACAGGAAUGAUUACCAUGAGUACAGAUCAAGUCGGAAACAUUCCCCACCAACUAAAGAUAUUCCCGUCAAAUCUAAAGUAUCAAAUAGAUAUAUUGAAACAGCAAUAAUCAAGGAAAUGGGGGAGACAACCGAUUGCUCGUCAAUCGUAUCGGAUACUACGACAUCUGAAAAUUUUUCACUAAACAGAAGAAACAAACAAGAUAUUGUUCAAGAAUUGGACCCGAAACUGACUGAUUCUGACAGAAUUAUCAUUUAUAAAAUACUGAACUCGAAAAAUGAUAAGAAGAAAAAAUGUCAGAAAAUUAAAUCGUCUGAUAAAGUGAGGUGUGUUCAAGAGACGAUUGAAUGUGAAAAUGAAAAAUCCACGCAGAAAGUUGAGGAAAGCAACAUGAAAAGCAAAACAUCAUUUGAUCAACUAACUGAAGGAAUCUACAAAACUGUUAACAAAAAUGGUCAGGUUUAUACUAAAAUGAGUAUUUACACAUCUAACUCUGAGGAAUGGUAUUUGCCAGGGGAUAGAAGUCCAUGGUGGGACAAUUUGACUUCCUUGCAAGUGUGUGAUCCAAGCUCAUCUGAUAAGGAUCAGCGGGGCGAAGGUGUGCGUCAGUGUCAGUGUGUCAAAUUGCAUUGUCCAGAUGUCCACUCUCGGAAUGUUGAGACUGACACAGGUACCACUGUAAGGCCUGUUUGUAAUUGCCAAUGUGUGAAUACAAAUCAUUCAGAAGGACCAACGAUUCACUACCCCUCAGCUGCUACCUCCACUACGUCUCUUAAAGUUGGCGAAACUGUUGCACCUAAGAAUGGUUGUAUAAAGGUUAUUGAUGACGUCUGCCAAGAGAAUGGAAAGUUUUAUGUUGGGACCACAGGCUACCUAAAAGAUGAAGCCUAUGAAGUAAUCAUACAACUAAGAAAAAAAGAAAACGCAAAUCCCGUUAGUACCGCUCAAGAAGAAAAAAGUAAGAAUCAAGAAGAUGCAAAUAAAAAUACUAAGAAUGAAGAUGUGCCAGCCUCAAAUCCUGCGCCAGAAGUCGAUAUUAAUGAAAAUUCAAUUCGUGAAGUUACAAAAACACAUACAGAGGAGACAACUGUCCCAUCGACUAAAGUUACACCCCCCAAAACAACGGACGCAGUUUCUGAAAAAACUAGCCCCCAGAAAUCAAAAUCGGUGAGCAGUCAAGAUGAGCGCACAGAUACCAACACUGUGUCUCCUAAUAAUAUCCCAACAAACACAGUUCCAAAAAAAGCUACUUCGACCUACACGCAGACAAGUUCUCCAAUUCACAAACCAAUUUUCAUGCACAUGAGUUCCACAUCGACUGCGUAUAUGAGCCCCCCGGAUAUUAUCAGGCCGAGAUUUUCAAAACGUGAUUAUGAUGCUUCGUACGAUGAAACUUAUGAUUCAAUAAAGGAAUCGCAAAAUUCUACGUCCUUCAAGAACUUUAAAAGCUGUAACUGCAAACAUGGUGAGAGAAGAAAAAAAUCAACACAUGCGGUUGAUGCUACGAAGAGCAACAAGCUAAAAUAUCAGGUCGAAGAUUUGUUCACAUCUAACAAUAUAAGCAGUGCUGGUGAACUAAGUGACGCUUGUAGUAAAAAUUAUAAAACUACGACAGAUAGUAUUUAUUCAAGGAUAUGUUGUGCAUGCAGCAAGACUAAAACUUGUCACAAACAUAAAAAGGAAGCAAACGCAGUUAAAAUUUGUAAUCAUCGGAAACCUGUGUCACUACGCGAUGUACCGAGUAAGCAUGUGAAAUAUUUGAAGGCUAAUGCAUCGAAGAGAAAACCUAAAACUCCUUUAAAUCCCUUGAUUAAAGACUAUGUAAAUAAAUUAUUAGAACUUAAUAAAGAGGGCAUGAAGGCUAUUGAAAUAAUAAACGAGGAAUGCAGCUCCGUACCUACACCGAGCAGUUCAAUUAUAAAUGACACUCUUAACUUAAAAGGCAAAUCAUUAGCCGAGAAAAAAAUAUCAUUGGAACAUAUUAAAAAUAUUCUGAAAGAGAAAAUUAUUAAUGAUCUUCAAUUUAACGAUGCACCGCCAGCUACACGAGUUAACGAUCAAACAAACAAAAAUUCAAAACCCCAUACAAAAUUACAUAAACGAAAGCAAAUGCAUAAAGUCAAGUCAUUGAAUAUUUCCAAAAAGGUUUCUACGACAAAUGAAUGUAAAAAUUAUUUACACGAAUUUCAAUCCUCCAAAUCGAACACAACAUCUUCGUCUUAUAAAAACGAUACCAGCGACCAGCCAGAAAGUUUAGUUUCUAAAACCUGUAAUAAAAACGAUGAGAAAAAACCUACACAACCACAUAAAAUAAUGAGAAUCGUACAAGAACCGCAACCGGCAUAUGAAAAUAACAUAGUUUCAAAAGGUUCGAUACCGCUUCGAUGCAGAUCUGAUAACCUGCCUCCUUCCUCAGAUUCAGAAAACACAAUUAAGAAGAAUCGUCAAGAUAAAUUACACAUUCUGCCUUCUAACACAUCGACACAAACUAAUGCUUUUGUUUCCGAAGACAAUCUCGUUAAAGAAGCUGAAGGUAAACUUCAGAAUAUGGAAAAGAUUGCGGAUCUAACUGAAAAAUGUACAAAACGUUUAUCAAACCUGGCCAAGGUGCUCGAAGAAGUAAGACGAAACAAGUCUUUAUUCUAUAGUCAAAUAACAUCAUCCGAUUCCACCUCGGACUCCGACGCAGAAAGAAAUAGAAGAAAAACUACAGAAAAAUCGAUAUCACCAACCGUUAUUGUUUCUGAAAUUCACAAGCCCUCUGCUCCGAUAGUUGAGAAAGAAAAUAACAUCGACCAUAAUACGUUCACCCCGUUACUUUCCGAUAUUCCGAAACCAAUAAAUUUCAUGAGUCCACUAUCUGAAGCCGAUUCUAUGACCACACUUGCUUCUAGCAAAGAAAGUUUAAAUAUAGAAAACCCUAAUUUCAAGCCGAAGUCUAAGCCGCCGCCAGCCUUAUCGAGGAUUUAUUUCAAAAAUGAACAAGAACAUAUAAUUCCCCAUGAACUCUCGACGGUGUUGGAGGUGGAUUCCCCUAUGAGUUUAAAAGUAAAAAGUCAAUCUCGCAAUGAUAUUAAUUCUGAAGUUAAUUCUAAUGCUUCAGUUAAAAGCGUAGACAAUAUUAACACAGAAAAUGCCCGUAAGAGCGCAUUAAAUAUUUCUCCUUCUACUUCGAGAAUGGAAUGCCUAGAAACAGAUUCAUUAAAAGGUAAGAAGAGUGCAUCGAGGAAACUUUCUAAGACUCAAGAUUUAAAUGGUGAUUCUUCUGACAAUUCUAAGCUACCUAUGAUGGAUAUGAAGCAAUUUAAUGAUAUUAUGCUAAAACCGUUUAUCAGUAUUAAAGAAUUUACUAAGAAAAAUAAAUUAGAAAAUGGUGACGUAUCUAAUUUGGAGGAUCAUUUAAAAGGUGUUAUAACAAACGAUGACUUGAGUUCAUUACAUUCCGAGAAUAGUUUACCAGACGUUAUAGCUGAGUUACUGAAACGAAAAAUUAUCAAUGAACCUUUUAAAUUUGACACGGCGUCUAAUGUUAACACGAGUAGCACAUCAGAAUCCUCAAUAUCUUUGUUAGCUUUGUCAAACCGAGAAAAGAAAAGAGUAAAUGUACACCAUGGGAAAAAAGUUAAUGUUGAAACUUCUGAUACAUUGAGUAUCUCUUCAAAUCCCGAUUUAGAAAAUGCAUUCCAAAAAUUAGGUAUGGGCUGGGCUUCGUCUACUCUUAAAAAAACUAAGGAGCGCCUUGCCCUCUCGUCUUCAUCAAAUACUUCCAGCUCGAGUGGGCCUCAAUCUCGAAGUAAAAUUGGUAGUAUCUCUCAAUCGAAUGCUGAUUACAUUUUAGCGUUACAACAUCAUAUUAACACUAGGCGAAGCUCGAAAGACAGCGACCCCUCUAAAAAUGCUGAACAACAAACGUCUUUGUCCAAUUCUAUGACUGUUAAAGAAUUUCUUACCAAUCAACUUGCUAAGAAAAUAACGUUUAUAAAUCCAUCUAAAGACUUGACUGAGCAAGAAUUUAUUUCUCUAUAUGAGACUAAGAUGCCGGAAGAAAUGAAGAAAAUAGUAGAACAUGAUCAAUCUGGGAACAGUGUAGGGAACUGCACUGGCAACAGAGCACGGACCUCCACGCCUGUACAAAUUUUUAGAUCAAUGACGUACAAUUCCACUUCAAGUUCGAACACUUCGAACGGCUUAUUCAGUAACGCCGAUGACUUGUCGUCUGUAAAGGUUACUUCAAAUUCCAUUCGAAAUCAUUCCACUUCAGACAAAGAUGACUUGACCAUUCCAAAUUAUGUUUUAAAAGUCAGUAAAGGGCAAUCUGAUUGUAGUAAAAGUGAUUAGUUGACGUUGUAUAAAUAUACAAGAUUACAUUUGAUAAAAUAUUUAAUUAUCCUAGCUUAAAUAUGUUAAUAUUGUUUUC